GAGAAGGAACGAAGGAAGGGGAGAAGGCAGGCAGGCAGGCAAGAGCGAGACCCGGGGAGGAUGGCGAGGGACGAGGAGGAGAACUAUUACGGCAAGCAUGGGACACCCCAGAAGUAUGAUCCAACUUUCAAAGGUCCCAUUUACGACAGGAGCUGUACAGAUAUCAUCUGCUGCAUCUUGCUCCUGGUCGCCAUCCUGGGCUACGUCGCUGUGGGCAUUGUGGCAUGGACACAAGGAGACCCCCGGAAAGUGAUCUAUCCAACAGACAGUCGUGGGCAGUUCUGUGGCCAGAAGGGAACACCCAAUGAGAAAAAACCUUUCUUGUUCUAUUUCAAUAUCAUGAAAUGUGCCAGCCCUUUGGUAUUGCUGGAGUUCCAGUGCCCCACCACACAGAUCUGUGUAAGCAGUUGCCCAGAUCGGUACCUCACUUACCUUCAGGCCUCCACCAUUGACAUCUCAGCCACCAAGGAACUUAAAUACUACCAACAGUUUUGUGUCCCAGAAUUUAGCAAUCUGAAGAAGAGUGCACCUGAAGUUUUGAAAGAUGGCGACUGCCCAGCCAUGCUCACUCCCAGCAAGCCUUUGGCUCGCAGAUGUUUACCUGCAAUCAGAACUAACAAAGGGGUUAUCACGGUUGGAAAUGAGACAACCUUUGAUGAUGGAAGAGGAAAGAAAAGGAAUGUGACAGAUCUUGUAGAAGGGGCCAAAAAGGCAAAUGUGGUUCUGGAGGCAAGACAAGUAGCUAUGAAGAUCUUUGAAGAUUACACCGUUUCCUGGUACUGGAUAAUAAUAGGUCUGGUGAUUUCCAUGGUGGUCAGUCUCAUCUUUAUUGUCCUGCUCCGGUUCCUGGCAGGGAUCAUGGUCUGGGUGAUGAUUGUGCUGGUGAUCCUGGUGCUUGGAUAUGGAAUCUUUCAUUGUUACAUGGAAUAUGCCCAGCUGAAAGGACAGGCUGGUUCUGAUGUCUCUUUGAUGGAACUUGGGUUUCAGACCGAUUUACGUGUGUAUCUCCACCUGAAGCAAACCUGGCUGGCCUUCAUGAUCAUCCUAUGCAUUGUGGAAGUUGUCAUCAUCCUAGUUCUCAUCUUCUUGCGCAAGAGGAUCCUCAUUGCCAUUGCGCUGAUCAAGGAAGCCAGCAGGGCCAUUGGUCACAUCAUGACAUCUCUACUGUUCCCCCUCUGCACAUUUUUCCUCGUGUGUCUCUGCAUUGCUUACUGGGCCAGCACAGCUGUUUUCUUGUCUACCUCUAAUGAAGCUGUCUACAAGGUGUUUAAUGAGACAGAAUGUCAAUUCGCUGGAAAGACCUGCAACCCAGAAACUUUCAGUACUAGCAACGUAACCAAGCAGUGCCCGGAUGCUCGCUGCCUCUUUGCCUUCUAUGGCGGUGAGACCACCUACCACAAGUACCUCAUCAUCUUGCAGAUCUACAAUGCCUUCAUGUUCUUCUGGCUGGCCAACUUUGCUAUUGCCUUGGGCCAAGUCACCCUGGCUGGGGCCUUUGCCUCCUACUACUGGGCCUUUAAGAAACCUGAUGAUAUGCCAGCCUUCCCCCUCUUCUCGUCCUUCGGCCGAGCACUCAGGUACCACACCGGCUCCCUGGCCUUUGGGUCUCUGAUUCUUGCUAUUGUCCAGAUCAUUCGAGUCAUGCUGGAGUACUUGGACCAUAGGCUAAAAGCUGCUGAGAACAAGUUUGCCAAGUUCCUCUUGACCUGCCUCAAAUGCUGCUUCUGGUGCCUGGAGAAGUUCAUCAAAUUCUUGAACAGGAAUGCAUACAUUAUGAUUGCCAUUUAUGGCACAAACUUCUGCACUUCUGCAAGGAAUGCCUUUUUCCUUCUCAUGAGGAAUAUCAUCAGAGUGGCUGUUCUGGAUAAAGUCACUGAUUUCCUGCUUUUCCUUGGAAAACUCCUGAUUGUAGGAAGCGUUGGUAUCCUUGCCUUCUUCUUUUUCACCCAGAGGAUAAAGCUGAUUCAAGACACUGCACCCCCUCUCAACUAUUACUGGGUCCCCAUUCUGACGGUGAUUGUGGGCUCCUAUCUCAUUGCACAUGGAUUCUUCAGUGUGUAUGCCAUGUGUGUGGACACACUUUUCCUCUGCUUCUUGGAAGACCUGGAACGUAAUGAUGGCUCUACCGAAAAGCCUUUCUUCAUGUCAUCUAAUCUGAGAAAACUCUUGAAGAAGACUAACAAACAGCAAACAGAUGCAUAACGGUGCUCCCACAAGUAGCAUGCAGCAGACGCGCUGAAAUAAAGUGGCCUGAGUUUUGUAAAGCCCUUUCCUUGAAAAGCAGCAUCUGUGAAGUUCAAAUGUUCUGUUUCCACUUGCUGUGCCAGACUUAGCAAGUGGACUUAGCUUGCCCAAAUUUAGCAAGUCUCUGGCCUUUCCCCCCCUUUUACAGUGAGAAAUGACCAUUUUAUGAUCCAAUCUUAGGACUUCAGCACAGUUGAGCAAAUUGAAUGUAGAAGCAUUCUGCUACUACUCAGAGAAAACCAUCCUGUUCACGAUUGGCCACUUAGUAUUUGGGGGUGGGUGGGCUUCUUGCUUAUUAAAACAGACAGAACAGUUUGUACAGGCAGUGCCAGUGAGAAGAAAGCCUCUAAGGCUAUAACCAGUUAUUAACUACAUAAUCCCAAAAGGUCUGUUCUCCUUGUAACAGUACUUCAUUGAAUAUUCUUGAACACUUUAAAGGUGCAAGCUACCCAAGGAAAUGUUUAAGAAUUAUCUAUUGAUUUUGUGGGAAAUUUAUUGUAUUUAUUCUCUAAAAUGUACAACCUGUACUUCAGUUUCAAUUGGCAUUCCCAGGACAGUUUUGGAAAUGAAAUCAGCUGUGUUGUUAAAAUUCUGGCAAGAAAGGCUUAUUUUAGAUCAACAUUGUUGAGGCUGCUAUUGAAGGAAAUCUUGGUGAUAGUCUGUUUCUUGAAUGAGGAAAGACCAAAAUUGUUGCAGAAGGGAAGAAAAAAAUCUGUAAAAGACGGCCCUUUUCAAAUGAACAAUGUACUUAGGGGGAAAAUGUAAAUGAUGCAAUAAGCAUCAAAUGUGGGAUCACCAAAUAUGAAGCGGAACCUACAUAUAUACAGAAUAUAUCAAUAAACAAUGAAGAAAGUAGCAAGAUUAGUUUCAAAAUUCUAUAUCAUGUGACUAAACUUCGGUGACACUGGUAACUUUCCACAAAUAAAAUGAUAAUGCCAUCAAUUUAGUUUUAAAUCUGCCCAGCUAGUUUCAACUUUACUUUUGAUUUUGUAUACUCUUUCUCUACUUUCUUAUACAUCCCUGUAUCUUUGAAAAAUAUUUUAUAACUGAAAUAUUAAACUUUGUUU